ACGCGCCAUCUAUCCCGGCAACCUUAUCCCAGUUAGGAAUGCAGGAAAAGGCGACCGGUAUCUACCAACAUCUGUUCUAACAGGUUCCCUAACCGAACUUAGCCUUGAUAACGAGCAGUCUGUCUCCGCCCGAACGCGAUUGGACUUAAGUCAAUCCACGUGUCUACCAUUGUAAAAAAGGUGUAAGUGUCCCUCGCGAUGAUGUACGUCAGCGUGCGCCAUUCUCGACUCAGUCGGCGUUUAACGCGGCCGUAUCCUUCAACAUCUUGGAAGUCAUUCUGAUCUUGUCUCUCCUUUCGAAACGUUACAGAAAUGAAGUGCUUUCCGUUUUGUGAAAAACAGGAAGAAAAUGAAGAGGAUUCCAAAGAAAAGAUACCGUCUUUGUCUUUAGUAAUAAACAACGAAGCAAACUCGGAAAGUGGAAGUGAAGUCAUAUCCACCGGUGAUGGAAGUACUUCUAAAGAAAUGCCCGAACGUGGAAAAUGGUCCGGAAACUUUGAUUUUAUAUUUGGAUGCAUCAGUUAUGCCGUCGGUUUAGGAAACGUGUGGAGAUUUCCAUAUCUGUGUUACGAAAAUGGUGGAGGUGCCUUUCUCAUUCCAUAUGUUUUUUGCAUUAUUUUCUGUGGCAUUCCUCUUUUUUUAUUGGAAGUUUCUGUUGGACAAUACCUUAGCUCAGGUGGAAUUGGUGUUUGGAAUCUUGUUCCUAUCAUGAAAGGUAUUGGUUUUGCCUCUAUGACAAUGAUUGGAUUAUGCAAUAUAUAUUAUAUUGUCCUGAUUGCAUAUACAUUGUUUUAUUUUGUGGCAUCAUUCACCAAUCCUCUACCUUGGGAAAAAUGUGGUCAUGAAUGGAACACUGAACGUUGCAUUAAUUCCAGAAAUGUUUCCAGCAGUAAUAAUAAUUCUGUUACAAGUAAUUUUACAAGUAAUUUUACAUCUCCAGUAAAAGAAUAUUGGGAACAUCAUGUUUUACAAAUUACCAGUGGUUUACAUGAUCUAGGAGGACUUCGUUUAGAAUUAGCAUUAUAUCUUUUAUUAGCAUGGUUUCUUGUGUAUAUUGUUAUUUGGAGAGGAAUUCACCAAAGUGGAAAGAUCAUAUGGUUUACUGCUCUCUUUCCAUAUGUUAUUCUUCUCAUAUUGUUUGGAAGAGGAGUGACAUUAGAAGGUGCUUCUACUGGUUUGCUAUAUUACAUCAAGCCUAAAUGGGAGAAGUUGCAUGAACCAAAAGUUUGGGUUUCAGCUGGGACUCAAGUUCUUUUUUCAUAUGGAAUUGGAAUUGGAGCUAAUAUUGCACUUGGAAGUUAUAAUAGAUAUCGUCAUAAUUUUUACAGAGAUUCACUGAUUGUAUGCUGUAUAAGCAGUGGUACCAGUUUAUUUUCAGGACUCGUAAUAUUCUCAGUUUUAGGUCAUAUGGCAUUUUUACAAAACAAAGAUGUUUCUGAAGUUGCCAGAGCAGGUCCAGGUUUAGCAUUCCUUGCUUAUCCAGAAGUUGUUGUUCGUUUGCCAUUAUCUCCUCUUUGGGCAGUACUAUUUUUCUUAAUGUUAAUUAUUUUGGGAACAGAUAGUCAGUUUUGUACAGUAGAAUCAUUUGUAACAGGAAUUGUAGAUGAAUUUGCAACAGUACUCCGUCCUCGGCGCAGAUUAUUUACAUUAGGUAUUGUAGUGAUCCAGUUCUUAUUAGGAUUACCACUAGUCACUCAGGGUGGAAUGUAUUUGUUUCAACUGAUGGACUUCUAUUCAGCUAGUGGAGCUACUUUACUUACUGUUGUAUUUUUUGAAAUAGUUGGAUUAUCCUGGGUAUAUGGUGCGAAAACAUUAUAUAGUAAUAUGCAAGAUAUGUUAGGAUUUAAGCCAAAUUAUUAUUUCUUUGUUUGUUGGGUAUUUUUUGCACCAGCUCUAGUUGUGGGAAUUUUCUUAUUUUCAGUGAUUCAGCAUGAGCCUUUAACUUAUGCUGAUUCAUACACAUAUCCAUGGUGGGGAGAAAUGAUGGGAUGGGGAAUGGCAUUAGCAUCUGUAAUAUGGAUACCUGCUUAUGCUAUAUAUUAUAUUUUGAAAACUCCAGGAAAUUUGAAAGAGCGUUUUAUAAUAGGAAUAACACCAGCAGUACAACCAUAUAAAGUUGAUAGAAGUCCAAGUACUGAAGAAGGAACACCUCUUGAUCUUGCUGCUCUUCCAAUGCCUAUAGUCAAUAUAUCUAUGAAUGAUAAAUUUUAAAUGUACAUGAUGUAAGUACGCACUUGAGACUAAAUUGGAAGGGAAAACAUUUAUAAACAGAAGUUAUUUGGAAUUAAGAAAAUAUUCCAAUAGGCACAACAUUGCUAGUGUGUCCAGUGUUAAUUUUACACUGAUAUGUUAAAUUAUCAUUCCUUCAUAUCCGGAAAAAAAUAAAAAGCAUAAAUAGAGAUCCAUAAACCUAAUUUAUAUAUACAUGUAUAAGAUUUUGCAUAUGUAACAGUAGUAAGAUAAAAAUUAGAAAGUAAAAUAUAAAAUUAGAUAAUCAUUAAAGUCAUAUUACAUAUGAUUUGUCUGUCUGCAAAAUUGUCUUAAAAGUCAGUCAAUUGAAAAUGUCAACUUUGAGUCUGAAAUGGUAAAAAUUUAAACCGAAUAUUAAGAUACUAAUCAAAUUAUUAAAUGAAUGCAAUUAUAAUUAAAAUAAUUAAAGACAACAAUCAUUUUAAUUACAUUUAUCAUUGAUAU